GGGUACUGCUCGAAUUUGCUAUUACGCAUUUCUAAUUAACUAUUUUACAAUUAAUUAAAUAAUAAUAAUCAGUGUAAAUAUCUGUGAAUAUUUCAGCAAGUAAGCAGUAGCAGCAAGAAGCUAUCAUUAGAUGGCGCGAGGCCUGAUUCUGUCAUCACAGUCAAGAGUCUCGUUGGUUCCAUUUUUACCACCGAAAUGUCAAAAGUUCAUGACUCGCUUCUUUUCCUGCAAAUCAUCCUCUCAAAUUGACAUGGACAAGUACAGGGAAGCUUUCUCCCACCGCAUGGCUAUGGCUGGUCUUAAACCCCAGCACCGCAUUGCAAUAGGAGUAUCUGGGGGCCCUGACAGCGUGGCCCUUUGUGUACUUACUGCUGCUUGGAAAUCUGCGGGAGUUGCCAAGAGUGAAGGUUUUGUUGAUGGUCUCUUGGCUAUAGUUGUUGAUCAUGGGCUACGUCCAGAGAGCAAAGAGGAGGCACAAGUUGUUUCCCGUCGAGUUUCUGACAUGGGAGUCAGAUGUGAGAUUGCCUGUUGUAGUUGGUACCGUGGGAGGCCUAAACAAGGUCAUUUGCAGGAAGAGGCAAGGGAUAUGAGAUACCAAAAGUUACACAGCAUUUGCCUUCAACAUCAGAUUGGUGUGUUACUAAUUGCACAUCAUGCAGAUGACCAGGUAUGGACCACCAUUCCCUUUUUUUUUCAACUCUUCUUCUGCAUGCUUAUGCAAGCAAAAAUGCCUACAUUUGAUUAUGUAACUGACCAGCCUAAUUCAAGAGAAUACCUUAUAUUUUUUAUUUCUCUGUUGGUUAUGGCUUAA